AUGCACAGUGAAGUGCCUGAUCAUAUAAUUUUACAUUAUUUAAGCCCUUCUCAGCGUAUUGAACCAUAUGAAAUUGGUAGUGCUGCUCAUUUGAAUGCCAACUUAGAGCGUAAAUCUAAUUCCGGUGGUUCAACAAUACUUACUGAGAACACUAUUAAGGGUAACUUGGGCAGGCUUUCCAUUUCACAAAAUUCUGAUACUGCGAAGGAAACUAGACCUCUUGCAAGGCUUUCGGUCUCACAGAAUUCAGAUCUGAAUAGGGACUCUAAAUCUCUUGCACCUGCUGUAAGUGUCCCUGCAACUCCACAAAGGGGAAAUUUCAGUGUUGUUCCAAGAACCACUCAAAUCAAUCCAAUGGCAGUUUCCAAUGUGACAGGCCCCAAGAGGCAUCCUGUAAAGGUCCAGUCAACACCCAAUAUUUCAGUAUUCAAUAGAUCAGAAGUUAUACCUGUGGUUGUGCCUAGAAAUAAUCCAAGAAUAGAGCAGGCUGCUGAACAAAGAAAAGAAGGAGCUCCACUAAGAACACUGCCACUAUCUAUGCAGUCAAAAACGUCUGAUGUUCGAAAAUUUUCAUCUGUGAGAGAUGACUUCGAGAGGCCUACUAUUUCUUCACUGUCUGAAAGUGAGGACCCAAGGGCUAUUGAUUCCAGUGAGGUUUCAGAUAGGAGUACCUUUACUGAAGUUAGGAGCUCAACUAUUGGGGUUCCUGCAACUGAUAGAAAUGCCAAGGAUGAUAAGUGUAUGCUUUCUGGAGAAGUUGAAAUAAAUGCAUCGGUCGAUGUUCUUGCCACUUGCCAGCGUGAAAGUUAUGAAUUUCGUGGGAACAACAUUCAUGGGGAUACCAGUCUCAUGGAAAGUAAAAGAGGAGGUAGAACACGACUUGCUGCAAAUUGGGAGAAGAAAGACAGAAUAUCUAACCAUGCAGUUCUUGCUUCAAGCACACUCUCUCGAAACUUACCUUCUAGAGGCUAUCCUUCAACAGGCGAAAAUGAGUCAGUUUCAGCUAGUGAGGAGAAUGCUAUUGCUGACCUGAUGGAACAGCACGAACAAUUUGUUGGCUCAAUGCAAUCUCGUUUAGCCAAACUACAGGUAGUCCACAAUUACUGGCAACGGCAUGAUAUCAAAGGGGCCCUUAAUGCAAUGGAGAAAAUGGCUGAUCGUUGCGUGAUUGCUGAUGUAAUGUGCCUUCUAGCAGAAAAAACUGACAUUGUCACAUUAGAUAUUUGCACGUGUCUUUUGCCACUGCUCUCAGGACUACUUGAUAGUGAACUAGAUAGGCAUAAAGAUAUUUCUCUGGAGAUGCUGAUUAAACUGGUCAGAGUAUUUGGCUCGGUGAUCUAUUCUUCAUUGUCUGCACAAUCAUCUGUUGGUGUGGAUAUUGAGGCAGAGCAAAGGCUGGAACGUUGCAACAUGUGCUUUGUGGAACUCGAGAAAGUCAAGCGUUGCCUGCCCCUCCUUACCAGAAGAGGGGGUUCAAUUGCCAAGUCUGCACAGGAGCUGAAUCUAGCACUUAAGGAACUUCAGUGA